AUGCAAUCCCCUCCAUUGACAGGUCUCCGGGUGCUGGAGUUUGCUGGAUUGGCACCAGGACCCUACGCCGGCCUCCUCUGCGCAGACUACGGCGCCCACGUCCUCCGCGUCGACCGCGCCCACCCCCAAGCCUACACCUCCUCCCCACCGCCCCCGACCCCGGACGCCCUAACCCGCCAUAAAUCCUCUAUAACCGUAAACACCAAAAACCCGCAAGGAAUCGCGCUGAUCAAAUCCCUCGUCCAAAAUGUCGACAUCGUCAUCGACCCCUUCCGGCCCGGCGUGUUGGAGAAGAUGGGCCUCGACCCGCAGAAAGUGCUGCUGAGACUGAACCCGCGCGUGAUUGUGGCGAGAAUGACGGGGUUCAGGAGGGAUGGGAAGUAUAAGGAUAUGGCGGGGCAUGAUAUCAAUUAUAUUGCGGUUUCCGGGGUGUUGGGCAUGUUGGGCAGGGAGAAUGAGAAGCCGUAUCCGCCAGGGAAUAUCGUGGGGGAUUUUGCGGGCGGAGGGGCGGUGUGCUUUAUGGGGAUUGUGUUGGCAUUGCUGUCGAGGGAGAGGACGGGGUAUGGGCAGGUUGUGGAGGCGAAUAUGGUGGAUGGGUCUGCACAUUUGGCGACCAUGCCACGCUUCAGUACCAAGACUCCUAUGUGGAACGCGCCGAGAGGGAGGAACACUCUUGAUGGUGGAGCGCCGUACUACGGCACCUACGAGACCAAGGAUGGGAAGUACGUGGCUGUAGGUGCUUUGGAGCCGCAGUUCUACGCUGCUUUGCUCAAAGGUCUCGAGAUCAAUCCGAACAACACUCGAUGGCCGGAGAAUCGCCUGGAUAAGCAGACCUGGAAAGAUCAAAGGAAUGCCUUCACCAAGCUGUUCAAGCAGAAGACCCGCAACGAGUGGGAGGAUAUCUUCGACGGCACGGAUGCUUGCGUGACGCCAGUCCUAUCUCAGGCGGAGCUGGAGGAAAGUGGUUUUGACCAGCGUCCGAUUGUUACGUUGAAGGCAUCGCCGGGCCUUGCCAUUUCCGAUGGCGAAGCUGACAGCAGACCGCCUGAGACGGGACAAGGCAUUGGUGUCGAGGGCGCGGGCUGGAAUACUGAUGGACUCAGGCCCGGUGAGGGAGGUGAGGAAAUUUUGUCGAAAUGGAUGGGUUGGUCGAAAGGAAGACACUAUCAGGUCAAAGAGGGUGGCGCUGAGCUUGUUGACAAGGCUGAUAGGCCAAAACUGUGA